AUGCCCAGCGCUCUGGGCGCCGGGCCCGGCGCUCCGGCGUGCCUGCACGCGCGCCUGCUCGCGCGCCCGCACCACGGCAGCGCGUUUCAGCACGGUUUGGCCCCGCGGCGCCGCAUCCCGCCAGAGGGCACACACAGACACGCUCCCGGAGCGCGGGCGCAGGGCCCCGACGCGCCCCCGGCGCGGCCCAGCGCGCGGAGCGCGAGCCGAGCUCGCGGCGGCGCGAAGCGCGCGUACUCACCGCGCGGCCGUCGGGGCGGGUCGAGCCCUAGGUCCAAUGGCGCUGCGGAGCGGGCGAGCAGGGGCAAUGGGCGCGGGGUGUCCGGCGGGCGGUUCGAGGCGGAGCGCGCGCUGAACAGCGAUAUCGUGCGGGCGCGCAGCAUGCGCGACAUCCUUGCUGUGUUGCGCGCGACGGGAGACCCGAAAAACAUGUCUCCCGUGAACUUGGCGACGGCUCUGCACCGCCUGUCGAAGCACGCGACCCGCGCGGAGCCCCAGGCCGUCGCGAAGAUGCUCGACUCCUGCGACGUCGACCGGCUCCUCCAGGGCGUGUCCGAGGCGAUGUCCGCGACGGCGAUUGGUGCACCGCAACGCACACGCACAGCGGCAUCCGACGGGCUCCUCGAGCCGCGGCACGUCGCGAACGUCGCGUACGCGGUCUCGAACAUCCUCCUGCGCCUCCCCGCGUCGCACGUCGCCGCGGCGGCCGCAGGCGGCGACGACGCGCCCUCCGACGACGACGACGACGCGGCGGGCCGCGCGCUGCCGAAGCCCGUGCGGCGCCGGCCCAUGCAGGUCCCGGGCAAGCUCAUGGCGCGCGGCCGGGGCCGCAACGGCGGCCGCGCUCCCGAGCCGAGCCCCCCCCCGCCGCGCCCAGCAACGGAGCCGCCAGGCUCCGUCCCACAAACGCUCGUCGCGCCGCCCGCGGCCGUGGCGCUCGUCGACGUCGCGGAGCACGUCAUCGACACCGCGAACGGCAUGCUCGACGACGCAGACGGCGCGCCGUGCCCGUUCAAGGACCUCGAGCUCGGCCAACUCAUGUACGCUCUCGGAAGGCUGUCUCGCGCCGUGACGGAGGCGCCGCCGACGCCGCGCGGCGCGCGCGUCUCGCGGCGCGCGUGCGCGCUCGUCGCGCGUCUGCAGGCCCACAUCCCGCACACGAUCGCCCCCGGGACGGUCGGCGCGGGCGGCGCCACCGCGGACGUCAACUGCUGGGCGCUGAGCAACGCGGCGUGGGCGCUCGCGUCCUGCGGCGUCGAGGCGUCGAAGCCCGUGCGCGCCGCGCUCGAAGCGGUCCUCGUCGACCCCGACGCGAAGCUCGGCCCGCUCGCACUUGCCAACAUCCUCUGGGCGCUGGCGCGCAUGUCGGUGCCGUUGCCGGAGGACGCGUUCUACGGCGCGUGCGCGCGCAUCGAGGACAGCAUCGAGGACAUGGUGUCGUCGGAGGUCUCGAUGACGCUCUGGUCGCUCGGCUCGCUCACGCAGCGUCUCGCGAUGACGACGGCUUAUACGGCGCCUCCGGCGCCGCCCUCGCGGAUGCUCGCGGCGUGCUUCGAGCGCGCGCUCGCGCUGAUGCCGCGCAUGACGGACCGCGAGCUCUCGAACGUCGCGUGGUCGAUGGGCGCGCUGCGGCACCGCCCGCCGACGCACGUGCUGGCGGCGCUGGCCGAGGACUGCGAGGCGAGGCUCGCGACGAUGGCGCCGCGGUCGGUCGCGGCGAUCGCGUGGGCGCUCGCGACGGUCGCGUACUUCCCCCCAGUCUCGCUGUUCACCGGCGUCGCGGAGGUGCUCGAGGGCCACGCGUCAGACCUGGCGCCGGGGGAGCUGUCUGCCCUUCUGUGGUCCCUGGCGGUGCUGGCGCACCUUCCGCCGCACGCGAUGGACGAGGGCGCGUCGGCGCCGUCCGCCGCGGGCCGGCCCGGCGACGUCGAUCCAGACACCCAGGGCGCGCUCGCAGGGAGUCCUGAUGUGGAGUCUUUGGUCGACAUUCUGCGAUUGGACGGCGGCGCGGUGCCGUCGCGGGCCCCGGGCGGCGUCGCGGCGCGCACGGAGGGCGCCAGCGCCGGCCGCACGUGGGCGUACGCCCUCUGGUACGACAGGGACGGGCGCAAUCUCCUCACCUCCGUCGCCGACGAGCUCUCGCGGUCGCUCGCGGCAAAGGACGGUCCCGCCGGCCCGGAGGCGCGCCAGCGCCAGGAGGACGCGGGCCGGCGCCUGUGGGCCGUCGCCACGGCCCGCGCCGCCGUCCUGCACCUGGUCGGCACGAUGUCGGAGCGCCUCGCCACGGUGCGGCGCGGGGACUUGGUAGGCGAGGACCUGCGGCAGCUGAUGCAGGUGCAGCUGCUGAUGAACAGCCAGGGGUACGGCGGCGCGGAGCUGCUGCUGCCGGACUGGGUGCUGCAGGGCGCGGAGGAGCGCUGGAAGGCGGCGGCGGGCGAGGCGAGAGUGUCGGGGUUUCAGGCGGGGGUGUUGGCGGCCCUGCAGGACCUGGGAUACGACCCCGUGCUCGAAAUGCAGUCCGAGGGCCGGCUCUUCUCCGUGGACGUCGCGCUCGCGCUCCCGGACGGCCGCCGCAUCGCCGUCGAAGCCGACGGCCCCUCGCACUUCACCUCCAACACCCCCCUCCGGCCCCUCGGGCCCACUCUCCUCCGCCGCCGCCUGCUGCGGUCUCUCGGCUGGGAGGUCGUGUCCGUGCCGUUCGUCGCGUGGGACAUCAACGCGUCGCACCAGGAGCGCAUCCACGUGCUCCGCGACCUCCUUGCGCAGCACGGCGUCGCGGGGCCUGACGCAGGGCGGAAAACACCCCUCGCGCGGCCGCGGCGGCAGGAGCGGCGGCGGCCGGUGCGGCAGCGGGCGGGCGGCGGCGCGCGGGAGGAGGACGCGGGGCCGCGGGCGUGA